GACGGUCUUUACGCGAAUGCAACUCAAGCGUGUAUAAAAUUUAACGAUACUUGAGCAAAAAAAAUGUUAAAUAAGAAAGAGUAAAAACUUUUUCCGCCACGUUUGUUUGUAUUAUAUUAGAACCAAAACGAAACAGUCAAUUAGUUAAUGCCGCCGUACGCAACUUAACGCUACCGCCUUCAUUACUUGUUUAGCCAGGCUAAGUUUUUUGCGGCGGUAUAAUACAGUAGAAGGCAGAAAGCAUAUAAGAAAAUUUCCCUUUUACUACAAAAAAAAGUAAUGAAGGUGCAUGAUAAUUUCUCGCAAAAAUUUUACCAAUAAUAGAAGAAAUAUCGCGAUAUCGUGUGUGAAAGUUGUGCAAACAAAUUAAAAUCAUUUAUUUUGUUAUAUUUUUUUGCUUUUGGUUUGGAAAUAAAAGGAAAUUGUGUAAAAAUAUUUUCCCCAAUAAAAAUGAGCAGCUCUGAAGAAGUAUCUUGGGUUACUUGGUUUUGCGGUCUAAGGGGUAAUGAGUUUUUUUGUGAGGUCGAUGAAGAUUACAUACAAGACAAAUUCAAUUUAACUGGCUUAAAUGAACAAGUACCAAAUUAUAGACAAGCUCUUGAUAUGAUUCUUGAUCUGGAGCCAGAGGAUGAGCUUGAAGAUAAUCCUUUACAAUCGGAUAUGACCGAACAGGCCGCGGAAAUGUUAUAUGGCUUGAUACAUGCACGUUAUAUCUUAACAAAUCGUGGCAUAGCACAAAUGAUUGAAAAAUAUCAAACAGGUGAUUUUGGUCAUUGUCCACGUGUUUAUUGCGAGAGUCAACCAAUGUUGCCAUUGGGUUUAUCGGAUAUUCCCGGCGAGGCAAUGGUCAAAGUAUAUUGCCCUAAAUGUAUUGAUGUUUACACGCCAAAAUCAUCGCGUCACCAUCAUACGGAUGGUGCUUAUUUUGGUACUGGUUUUCCACACAUGUUAUUUAUGGUGCAUCCAGAAUAUCGUCCUAAAAGGCCUACUAAUCAAUUUGUUCCAAGACUUUAUGGCUUCAAAAUUCACAGCUUAGCUUAUCAAAUACAGCUGCAGGCAGCAGCCAACUUUAAAAUGCCACUACGAGCGGACUAUAUUGCCCUAUGUCAGGAAAUACUUAGCCGACCAUGUCCGGAAGAAGAAGAAGAGGAAGUUGAGAAAAAGGAAGAAUAAUUCGAAAGCAUACACUUACAAAAACUGGUGCCGAAUUUUCAAACAG